CACGGCGUUGUGCCGUAGCAUUCAUUGCAAUAACGUUGUACCAAGCAGACACGCGUACAAAUUGAAAAGCAAGAAAAUUGGAAAUUUUGGAUUACAAGAACGCGUAGCAAAACAAGGAGAAAAACAACGCAGUAAUAUUGGAUUAAAUAGAAUAGUAACUAAAAGUUAAACUCACAAGCAAUGGUACUCGAGAUGGAGAUGUCAAAGACCUAUCAAUACCGCAAAGUGAUGAAACCGAUGUUGGAGCGCAAGCGACGCGCGCGCAUCAACAAGUGUUUGGAUGAGCUGAAGGAUAUCAUGGUCGAGUGCUUGACCCAAGAAGGUGAACACAUAACGCGCCUCGAGAAGGCCGAUAUAUUGGAAUUAACCGUGGAGCAUAUGAAGAAAUUGCGCGCACAAAAACAAUUGCGUUUGGGCAGUGGCGUCAGCGCAGGUGCCGUACAAGAUACCAAAUUGUCUAUAGCGGAAAGCUUCCGCGCCGGCUAUGUGCAUGCCGCAAAUGAGGUAUCCAAAACAUUAGCCGCACUACCCGGUGUUAAUGUGGAUUUAGGCACACAACUGAUGAGCCAAUUGGGACAUCGCUUGAACUACUUGCAAGUGGUUGUGCCCAGUGUGCCAUUGACUGGUGUGCCAGCAGCUCAACAUUUCCUGCCCACACCAGCAGUGGCGCAAGCAACAGCAGUGGCCGCGCAAUACUACAGCAGCAUGAGUGGCAGUGAGCGCAGCGCUACCAGCAGUCCUGUGGUAAUCACACCACCACCAUCCGAGUGUGGCAGCAGUGAAAGUGGUAGCUGCAGUCCGGCACCCAGUGAUACAUAUGGCGCCGUGUGGCGGCCUUGGUGAAUAUGGUUGGCGUAGUAGCAAACGGACACACAGUGAUCCCACUCAGGCGAUGUGAAUCUCUCGUGGCUAUUGAAUUGAAUGUACGCGCCUAGCUUUUUUGCUAGCUGCGCGACAGGCGCAGUGCGUUAACGCAACGCUAGGCAAGCGGCGCUGCAUUGAUUUGCAGCUGCAGGGAUAGCGCGCUGUUGCGUAUAUGCAUAGAUGUCUAUAAGUUAAGUGGGCAUACUUGAAGGCAGGUCGGCGUUCUCAUUGUCCUUGCGUUGGUGACUGCUCAGCGCGCGUUGACCUGAUGCGCAUUGGCUUGAAGGCGUAAAUUUCUCAAAUAUGAAGCGCAAGUUAGCGCUAAAUUGUACACCUCGCAUUUUUAUGCAAUAAAACAAUUGUAAACACAGGGAAAACAAGAAUUUAUGUAGUAUUAAGAAUUAUAAAA